ACCGAUCAUCACUAGCUAGCUACCACUUCAAUCCAUUUUUGCAGGUGAUCGAUGGCAAGAAAGAACACUAUUGUUGAAGGAGCAAGUUCCGGGCGGCGCAUUCCCGGCGGCUACGUGAGCACCGACGAGGAGGAGGACUACUUUACUUCGGCGGUGGAAGGCGGAAAUGGAGAUGAGUCGUCCGCGAUCAGGUAUUGGUUUGGGAGGAUGACGGCUCCGAACCCGGCCGCCGCCAUCAUCGGCUCUUCUUAUUCUUCUCCUUCAUCGGAGAUGAGCGUCGAAUACAGAUCCGCUGCUGAUGAUGAUGAGUCCGAGUUGAACUCUUUACUUGCGACGUUGAGAGCUUCAUCUCCAACUCAUCCUCGCAUGACAGCCGUUUCAUCUGAUGAACGCGCCGGCUGGAGGAGACGGCACCCAUCAGCUCUGGACAUGUUUGAUCGGAUCAUAGAAGAUUCCAGGGGUAAGCAAAUCGUGAUGUUUCUUGACUAUGACGGAACCCUCUCGCCCAUUGUCGCCGACCCCGAUUCCGCUCACAUGUCCGCUGCGAUGAGAGCAACGGUGAAAAGUCUUGUCUCACAUUUCCCUACAGCCAUAGUAAGUGGGAGGAGUAUAAACAAGGUGUAUGGCUUUGUUCAGUUGCCAGAAUUGUACUAUGCAGGAAGUCAUGGUAUGGACAUUAUAGGACCAUCGAGAGGCCCCCAAUUCAAGAAAGGUGGUGGCACAAAUAAUAUUCAACACCAGCCGGCGGCCAACUUCAUUCCCGUGAUACAACAGGUUUACAAGACAUUGGUGGAGAAAACUAGUCGCAUUCCUGGUGCUAAUGUGGAGGAUAACAAAUUUUGCGUCACCGUCCAUUUUAGAUGUGUGGAAGAUAAGUAUUGGAAGGAGUUAAUCGAAAUAGUGAGAGAGGUGAUGAAAGGACACUCGGGCCUUCGACUAAGCAGCGGUAGGAAAGUGAUGGAGAUUCGGCCCGUUAUUGAUUGGGACAAAGGCCAAGCCCUCACCUUCUUGCUUAAAUCCUUAGGUUACGCUCACUCUACUCGUGUAUGUCCCAUCUAUAUUGGGGAUGAUAGAACUGAUGAAGAUGCUUUCAGGGUGCUAAGAGAAUCAGGCCAAGGUUUCGGCAUUGUUGUGUCAAAACAUCCCAGAGACACGCUUGCUCAUUAUUCCUUACAAGAUCCAUAUGAGGUUAUGUCCUUUUUGCGCCGGUUGGUAGAAUCUCAUCCGAAGAAAACGGGAGGAAGAAUGUUUCGUUUUUUUUGGGGGUGAAUGUUAAAUACAAUACAAUGAGUAUAUAAAUACAUAUAGCAUAAGACAACAAGUUGCAUUUAGAUAUAUGCAAUUUUAACUUUACGAAAUAGAUAGCAUGUAACAUGCAUGCACUAUUAUAACCAUAUACGUAGUAUAUGACAGAAUAAAAAAGUAAAGACCUAGCUAGCUUCCCUUUUUAUCUUCCAGUGGAAAGCUCGUAGAGAAGGAUUGGGUUAACGUGCGUAGUAUAAUUUCACCAAUCUUUCCCGUCUAUUUGUACCCCCAAAAACAAUAUCAUGUACUACGUACUUAAUAUAUAUUGAUAUGCAUGGCCUGUCACGCAAUUCAAGCC